AUGGAGCUCAUCCAGAGCACAGUCUCUGUCGAAUGGCUUGCAGUUGGAACAGGAGUGACGCUUGCGGUGAUGACGGCGUGGGCGUGGCCGGGGCGUCGGCGGAAGCUACAUCAGGUGCCCGCCCCGGGCGGCGGGCUUGGCGACGACAUGCGGGCUCGGUGGUACGAGACGCAGCGGCGAUGGUGGCAGAGUUGUGUGUGGGUCGACGAGCUGGGCGUGCGGCUCACGCCGGAAGAGAUCGAGCGAUGUAAGCGGACCGAGUCGCGAUUAGCAGCGGUGCGGAGCAACGGGACGACAUCGCGCCCGGCCGCGCGGCUGCUACGGCCGGCAGGAGACGGCGACGAGGAGACGAGCUCACUGCUCCUGGAGCUCCCCAACGAGGUUUUGAUCAACGUCAUGCAGCGGCUUGGGCCGUGCGAUCUCGCCGCGCUUCGGCUUGUCUGCCGGCGGCUGUGCGAGGUGGAGCGCGAUCCGUAUCUGUGGUACCGGCGGGCACGAGCGGCGUUUGGCGCGGGCAACGUCGACGCGGUCAUCGCGCGGUGUGGCGAAGCAGGACUCGACUGGAAGAACGUGUAUGCGCUUAAUGAGGUGGUGAUGGGUGCUGGUGGGACGGUGCGCCGGAUUGCAUAUGCUGCGGUGGUGGCCGAAAACGUGCCCGCGCGGUGGUCUCACUUUGGCGGGCGCGGAUGGGGCCCACAGCCGCUCUGCCGAAUGUGUGGUGGGAGCAUGGUGCUAGUUGUCCAGCUCGCUGUGCCAGAAAUGCCUGCAGGUGCGCGUAACCGGUUUGAGCCGCGGCGUGAUGCUGGCGGCGGCGGAAAUGUGCCGCUCGUUCAGCUACGGGGGCGGGGCGAAUCGGACUUUACCCGCAUCGAAAUUCUGGACUGGGAGGGCUUUGCCGAGGACAUCGGCGAGUGGUGGCACUCGGGCGGACCGAUCGGAGCACGCGUUCCGUACUACGACGUGUUUGUGGCCGCAGCCGGGCUCACGCAGGCCGAGAAGAAGCUCACAAUGCCGCAUCUUCCACUACUCUCGCGCAAUGCGAUCCUGCGCAAACGGCAUCCCAAGGAGCGCGGGCUGCCGCCGCUGCCGGCGGGAUAUCUCGAGGCGAUCCGCGCGGCUGACGCAGCGGACGAGGCAAGGAUCGAGCCAAGUGAGAUGCUGAUCAAGACGGUCUCGCCGUGCGACAAGCUUGGCGGGUUUCCGCUUCGGCCACCGGGCGCCGAGCCGGUAUUGUGCGGCGUGUGCGGCUCUGCCAUGAGCAACACUGUGUUCCAGGUUGCCUCGAUGCACCACGUGUGGUGGAUGUUUGGUAACUGCGGUGUGGGCCAGAUCAUGCAGUGCAGCGAGCACCGGCAGGAGCUGGCGUUUACUUGGGAUGAGAUGCUGUAG